CAGCUGAAUGGGGGCAGUCACAAGAUGGCGGCGAACGCAAACUCUGCCGGUGGCGGCGGCGGUAGCCUCCCACUCUUUGACUGCCCAACCUGGGCAGGAAAGCCUCCACCAGGGUUGCACUUGGAUGUAGUCAAAGGAGACAAACUUAUUGAGAAACUGAUCAUCGAUGAGAAGAAAUACUAUCUCUUUGGUAGAAACCCCGACCUAUGCGACUUCACCAUAGAUCACCAGUCAUGCUCUCGGGUCCAUGCUGCUUUAGUCUACCAUAAACAUCUGAAGAGAGUUUUUCUUAUAGAUCUCAACAGCACACAUGGCACGUUCUUGGGCCAUAUUCGUUUGGAACCUCAUAAGCCGCAACAGAUUCCCAUUGAUUCCACGGUUUCAUUUGGUGCCUCCACGCGGGCCUACACCUUGAGAGAAAAGCCUCAGACAUUGCCCUCGGCAGUGAAAGGAGAUGAGAAGAUGACCAGCGAAGACGACGAACUCAAGGGCUUGCUUGGUCUGCCGGAGGAAGAAACAGAGUUAGAUAACCUGACAGAGUUCAAUACGGCCCAUAACAAGAGGAUUUCCACAUUGACAAUAGAAGAAGGGAAUUUGGAUAUCCAGAGACCAAAAAGAAAACGAAAGAACUCACGAGUAACAUUCAGCGAUGACGAUGAAAUCAUUAAUCCAGAGGACGUGGACCCUUCCGUUGGGCGUUUCAGAAACAUGGUACAGACUGCAGUAGUUCCAGUGAAGAAGAAGCGGAUGGACAAUUCUGGCUCCUUGGCUGUGGAUGAGGCUGCAACUCGUCGCAUGCAGAACUUUUCCUACAGUGGAGGACUGUAUGGAGGCCUGCCUCCCACCCACAAUGAGGCAGGUGCCCAGACACACACCAUUCACGGCACAGCGCUCAUUGGGGGGUUACCAAUGCCCUAUCCUAAUCUUGCCCCGGAUGUGGACUUGACUCCGGUUGCCCCCUCCACUGUUGCCAUGAACCCAGCUCCCAACCCUGCUGUCUUUAAUCCCGAAGUUGUGAAUGAGCCCAAGAAAAAGAAAUACGCAAAAGAAGCUUGGCCGGGCAAGAAGCCGACCCCUUCUCUCUUGAUCUGAAGAGCCAAUCUGAGUCCCUUCCGGGAGGCAGGAGUCAGAAGCCGGAAGCCAGGCGGGGAAGGGGGAACUGUACAAGUGCAACCACAAACUCUCAGACUUGGGGUCACAGCCAGAUUUUGGAGGGGCUUGUGACUCCCUUACACAACCAACCUUCAGAAGAGUUCAAA